UUUAAUCUAGGAUAACGAGGGGACUCUUCUUCCUUUGUGGAAAUUCUGGUUUGAAAAAGCAAAUGAGCUUGAGGUUACAGCUUUGUGCUGGAAUUUCCGCUACACUGAUCUGUUUGCAGCAGGGUUCGGUUCCUACGAUUUCUACAAUCAAAAUAUUUCAGGAUAUAUCUGUCUAUUCUCUCUUAAGAAUCCAUCCUAUCCUGAGUUUGUAUGCGAGGCCGAUGUUGGAGUAAUGUGUGUUGACAUCCACCCUCAACAUCCUCAUAUGGUAGUUGCUGGCCUUUAUGAUGGUAAUGUUGCUGUGUAUAAUCUUCAAACUAAACAAGGGAAACCAUCCUACCUCUCCCAUCCACACAACGGGAAACAUAAAGAAGUAGUUUGGCAAGUGAAGUGGGUUAAAGAUAAUCUGGACGGAUAUCUUAACUUUUACUCAGUCGCCGGUGACGGACGAGUGACGAACUGGACAAUAGUAAAGACGAAAUUAUGGUUUAAUGACGAGUUGAAGAUAAACUUUAGUAAGGGACUUGUCAAUUCUGAUAAUUCGUCCAACCAACUAAUGGACAGUGGCAGAGCAUUAACUUUUAAACCUGAUGAUGAAACCUUAUUCUUGGUUGGUACAGAGGAGGGAAUAGUACACCUAGCUACUACACAGUAUUCCUCCCAGUUCUUGAUGACUUAUCCUGCACAUUCAACUCCAAUCAACAACCUGCACUGGAAUCCAUACCUACCUGAGAUAUUUCUGACUUGUGCUUCAGAGUUUGUUGUUAAAAUAUUUCAUAGAAACUCAACUAAACCAAUUCUCAGGUUUGAUGUAGGAUCCCAGGUUGGUGAUUGUUCCUGGUCCCCCUACUCUAGCACUGUAUUUGCUGUUGUGUCCCAAGAAGGAAAAGUGUUUGUUUAUGAUCUGGAUGUAAACAAAUACAAUCCAAUAUGUACACAGGCUAUAGUACCCCGGAGAAGGGCCCGACUAAACCAUAUUUCCUUUAAUCCAUCCGAACCCCUCAUUAUAGUUGGAGAUAGCUGUGGACACGUUCAUUCACUCAAGUUGUCCCCGAACCUUAGACGGAUGAACAAAGAGACCCAGCAGGCGAUACUUAACAAGGAACCCAACCUGGUUAAAGCAGCAGAGAUAAGGAAACUAGAGAAACUUCUAGAACAGGUUGUAACAACUCCAGUUCUUGAAUCAGAUAGCGGAGAUGAAAAUCAAGAAUAAGCGUUGCUGCAAAAAAGACCUGAGAUAAUUUAAGACAAACUUCCUGCACUAUUCUGAACCAAACUGUUAACACGGAGCUAAUCCGAACCAAACUCUUAACCCGGAGCUAAUCUGAACCAAACUGUUAACCCGGAGCUAAUCUGAACCAAACUCUUAACCCGGAGCUAAUCUGAACCAAACUGUUAACCCGGAGCUAAUCUGAACCAAACUGUUAACCCGGAGUUAAUCUGAACCAAACUGUUAACCCGGAGUUAAUCUGAACCAAACUGUUAACCCGGAGUUAAUCUGAACCAAACUGUUAACCCGGAGCUAAUCUGAACCAAACUGUUAACCCGGAGUUAAUCUGAACCAAACUCAUAACCCGGAGCUAAUCUGAACCAAACUCUUAACCCGGAGCUAAUCUGAACCAAACUGUUAACCCGAGGCUAAUCUGAACCAAACUGUUAACCUGAGGCUAAUCUGAACCAAACUGUAAACCCGAGGCUAAUCUGAAGUUAACUGUCCUCGUAAAGGCGUGUUCGAUUUAAGACGGUACUCUCUAAAGCAAGAAAUACGCAGAAAUUAAAUAUAUUUUUAACUUUUGCUUUAGUUUAAAAACAGAAUUUACAGAUAAAUUUUAUGAUUUAGGGUUCAUCUAUUACUCUCACAAUACUAGUAAUGUGAACAGUGCAAGCAUUUCUCCAGAUUAAUCUAGUUCCGAUAGUCCCAUAAACCUUUACAGAAAAUAUUAUAAAAAAUUUUAACAUUUAUUUGAAUAAAAUACUUAUUAAACAUA